AUGGUGAGCAAGUUGAUGUUUACAGACGAGGAGAUGGCGGUGGAUGAGGGCUUCGGGUACCCAAAGGCCUUCGCCAAGCUCUGCAGGGACCCGGGCUUCGGCCCGUUCAGCCACGGCCCGCCCUUUGCUUUCAAUCCUUAUGCAUUGGGCCAGCAAGAGGGUUCAAGAGUGAAAGAGUUAGAAGAGUUGUUUCCAAUUAUUGAUCCCAAGGCCAAGCCCACAGCGAAGCCCAAGAUUUUUUUGAGUCUAUUGUGGAAACAACUGAAUCAUCUUGGGAAUGCUGGUUUUGAUCCCGAAGUAAUUCGUGUCGAUUCAUACGGCAAUGUUCUUUACUAUCAUGCUGAUGCUGCUUCUCCUCUUGCAUGGGAUAUUGAUCAUUGGUUCCCUUGCUCAAGAGGAGGAUUGACUGUUCCAAGCAACCUCAGAAUAUUGCAAUGGCAAGUCUGCAAAAGAAAGCAUGACAAGCUUGAGUUUCUCAUACCUUGGUGGGAUUUUCAAAUCGGCAUAUCCAUUAACCAGUUCUUGUCUAUUUUUGCUUCAUCCAACGCAGAUUUCAGGCGCAGGGCAUUUUCGUGGUUGUUUUCGGAAGGUGAAAGUGAAGAAUUGAAUUCCUCGCAGACAGUUGAGUCCCAUGUUUUUCCCCAACACUAUUUAGAAUCAAAAGGUAAAUUAGGCCUAGCCCCGGCUGGCCUUGUCUUGUCUCGACGAGAAUCCUCUGAUGCCCCUCUAAAAUCACUCGAUCUUAACCAACGGCCGAGAUCCACCAUUCCCAUAGUAGCUCUUAAGAAAACGAAACAUUAUCCGGAUGAGAAUGAGAACGAUAUAAUGGCUGUCAAUCCGUAUCAGGCCAUAGCCUUGGCCAGGGACUCGCUAAAACAGAGGGAGGAAACUGCUAAAAUGCAUGCUGAGAUACAGAAAUUGGAUAAUGAAGUCUGCGAAUUACAGCAGAAAACGGAGGAGGAGAAAGUGUCCAUUCAAGAACUCGAGCUGGUGCUCAUGAAGAAAAGAAGGCGGGCUGAAAAGUGCAGACGCCUUGCUGAGUCACAAUGCUCAUACAGGGCGAUGCUGGAGAAGAUGAUCCGAGAUGCCAUGCACCAAAGUGUAGUCUACAAGGAACAAGUGAGGUUAAACCAGGCUGCGGCAAGUGCCCUUUUGGCCAGGCUCGAAGCCCAGAAGGCGAUAUGUGACUCAGCCGAGAGGGAACUUCAUAUGAAGUACAAACAAAGAGACGAGCUCGAAAAACAGAUUAGACCCGAGUGGGAGCAGGCAAGGAAAAGAUCGAGAAUGAACGAUACUACACUUAUUGAGGACGAGACUGCUGCUGCUCUGUGUUUGAUGGAAAACAAACAAGAAAUGGAAACUAAUGAUACUAAAAAAGCCAUUCUUUAUUUGUCAGAGCACAAGGAACUUCGGAAGUUCUUGGAGGAAGAACAGAGCCCGACUGGAGCAAAUUUAGAAGGUCCACCAGAAGAGGGAAAGGAAAAGAAUAAUAACAGCUUCAGAAUAAUGCAGCCUUGCAAAAAAGAUGAUAAAAAAGAUAAUGAAGAGAAAGGGUAUAUAAUUGAAGAGAGGCUUGAGAAGCUAGAAAUAGAAAAUGGAGGGAAAAUUUUCGAUAUUCAGUUCCCAUUUCCACAGGAAACAGAGGAUGAGGAAGAAGACGAAGAGAGUAGAAGGCUACGUGGGAAAGGUAACAUAGAAAAAUGGCUUCAAUUUCUUUUGGAAAACACACCAGAGGAUGAUGACCCCAAGGCAAAUACUGUAAAGAGCAAGGACGAAAAUCGAGCCACCACAAGGACUGAUGAAUUUAUCGAGAAGCUGAAUUUAGUAUAUCCUCAUCGAGAUAUCAAGCUCUUGAAAGUCCAAGAAUGCACCCAAGCCCCAGGAAAAGAAGAGAAAACAGAUGACACUCCCUUGGGUAAAAACCCUCCUUACAGAAUAGUACCAGAGAAGAUAAAAGAGAAAGAAUGGGUUGCCACUGAUAAAGGGUCGAGAAGAAUGAGUAGUCCCGAUGUGAGUGUUGUGAAGGGAAAAGUUGGAAAAGAGAAGGAGCUUUCGAGGUCUGAGAGUGCUAGAGCUUUCAGGCGAAUCCCAUCUUCUCCUUCUCUUAUUUUGAAUAGCAUGAAAAAAAGAGUGGAUUGCAUGAGAAAGAAGCCAUUAGUGCUUGAUGAUAACAGUAUAGCAGAGGAUUAUGCAUCUCGAAGCAGCUUCAUUAAGACCUCGAUCUCUACACUGAAGAGAGCUGUGAGGAUUUAG